ACCCUGGAGUUUCCGGCGUGACGUCACAGCAGUCCGGUGUUGUGCUCAUGGCGGCGGAGGAAAGAUGGUAUUUUACCAAGGAAGAAUUAAACAAUUCACCCAGCAGGAGAUGUGGAAUCGACGCGGAAAAAGAAUUAUCGUAUCGACAGCAAGGCGCAAAUCUCAUCCAGGAUAUGGGCCAGCGGUUACAAGUUAACCAACUAGCAAUCAAUACCGCCAUCGUAUAUAUGCAUCGUUUCUACAUGUUUCAUCCCUUCACUCGUUUUCAUCGUAAUUCUAUAGCACCCGCUGCCCUCUUUCUGGCUGCCAAAGUGGAAGAGCAGCCAAGAAAGUUGGAGCAUGUAAUUAAAGUCGCCUACCAUUGCCUAUUUCGUGACCAACCUGCCUUGGACACUCAGUCGGAGGGCUAUUUGGAACGUGCACAGGAAUUGGUUGUAAAUGAAAAUAUCUUACUCCAAACUCUGGGAUUUGAUGUUGCCAUAGACCAUCCUCAUACGCACGUGGUCAAGUGUUGCCAGCUCGUCCGCGCCACCAAAGAUUUGGCCCAAACCUCGUAUUUCAUGGCUACUAGCAGUCUUCAUAUGACGACGAUGUGUUUGCAGUACAAGCCCACUGUAGUGGCCUGCGUGUGCAUCUACAUUGUCUGCACAUGGAGUCAUUAUGAGAUUCAGCGGGUAACAGAGGGCAAAGAUUGGUUUUGGUAUGUUGACAAAACUGUGACCCUUGAGCUACUAGAGACACUGACAGCAGAGUUUCUUGCCAUCCUUGAUAAAUGUCCAAAUCGGCUCAAGAAGAUCAUGAAUUCAUCACAGCACACAGACGAUCGGACCAAAGGCAGCCAGCCAGGAUCCUCGUCCACAGUGCCUUCAUCACGCUCCAUUACAGCAGUGGGAUCGUCAUCGUCAUCGGCCAUACCUUCACGUGCUCAUGAUCACAAUUCACACAGUAAAACCGGUUUGAAGGUGCCUCCAUCACAACCUCACCAGCACCAGCAACCACCAAAGCUGAACCUAAAGGAGUAUAAUGAGAAACGAGAGAAAGAAAGACGCGAGAGGGAGAAAAUGAGAGACCGAGAUUGUAUCGAUCCACGUGACAGCAAACAAUUCACCAUAGUGGCGACGUCUCACUCGUCCCAAAAUGUAACUUCUACCGUAGCGUCCAUUGCUUCCACUCAUGCAGCCUUGCAUUCAUCUCUCCCCAUGCGUGCUAAGAGUGGGAAGAGUAGCAGUGGACGAAGUGCUCACCCCGAGCACGUCAAAACCUCGGCGGUUCAUAGCAGCAAUCAUAAGGCACAUGGUGCCGCUCAAGUGGCACGCGACUCGCAGCCAUCUUUGGAGGCCGUGCGUGUCGGUGCAGAAGCUCCACGUCCGGAGCAGCGGAGGGAUAUUAGUGCACGUUGUGAUAGUGAACGUUAUGAGAAGGGUAACAGGACUAGUAGCAGUGUUGUUGAUGGCAGGUUGCCAGCAGUGGACAUUAAGCCUAGUGUAUCUGAUAUUAGACAACAGCAAUUAUUAGAUGUAAAACCCUCUAGACAGUCUUUAGAUUCUUCAUUAAUAGAUAGAAAAAAAGAUAUUAAAGUUGAACAAAAAACUGCAGAUCGUAAACCUCCCGAGGUGAAGCAAGAGCCAGUGAAAGUAAAAACUGAAAUAAAAACAGAAGUAAAGACUGAGCCUAAAGAAGAGGUAAAAUCACAGUACAACACAAUUUAUAACAACAGUGAAAUGCCUGAGUUUGCACUUGGUGAUUUUUUGAUGAGUGAAAGUACUUUUCUUAAUUUGGGCGAUGGUCCCCCAGACGAGCUGUUUGACAACUCUGAUACAGAAACUAAACCUGAUAUUUCUGCCAUAUUAGAAGGUAAUAGUUUAUUACCUUCUGCAGCUCAUCAAAAGAGCAAGUCUCCUGCAUCCUGCCAGCAGCAAGUUGGACACCAGGCUCAACUUACACACAGCAGCAGUAGCCAUGUUGCAGCAAAUGUUAGUAGUGUAAGUGGGAACGGUGACCAACGGGUUAGUGAAACCGCUGGCUCAACAACAGUACCUAACUACCAUAGUGCGCGACACCACCAUACCACCACAAAUGGUUCAGUACCUGCUCCCCAGCCCGCCCAGAUCACUUCUCAGUCUUCAAAGAGCUCCAGUAGUAGAAAGUCUCGUGAUAGCGAAAGAAGAAACAGUGAACGUGGCGAGGCUGAGUUGGUUCCUAUGGUUACCAAGUUGGAAGACACUAGGUAUCGUACUGCUCUUAGUGAUCCGGGUACUCCUAUCAAAGUGCGCGCUGAAGCGGCCAUUGCAACUGCUGCAGUUUCAUCCUCCAAACCACCAUCUGCUCCAUCCUACAAUACUACUGCAGUGAAUGCUGAGCCAACACAGAAGACUCCUAGUGAUCCAGUAUUACGUGUGAAGGUGCCUCAGGCAGAGCAUCUGAAAGUUCAGGAGCCCCAGACUGAGCCUGCACCUGGUGUUGGUAGUGGUGGCGUUGGUACAGAAAAGAAACACAAACACGACCAUCCGCACCACAAGCGCAAAGAGAAAAAGAAGCAUAAACAUAAAGAAAAAGAUAAGCACAAGGAUAAGGACCACAAAGAACAUAAGGAACACAAGGAACAUAAAGAACACAAAGAACACAAAAAGGAUAAAAAGCACAAAAAACACAAAGAUAAGGAUAAGGAUAAAGAAAAAGGACGUAGUAGUGGGGAAGGUGGAACUGGGCCUAUUAAAAUUACUAUUCCUAAAGAUAAAAUUUUGUUUACACCUGAACAACCAUUAGCUCCUUUGCGCCCUAAUACAACCGCAGCACCAGCCACUGUUCCUCUACCAGCUGCCACUCCAAAUACUACUCCAGGUAUCCCAAAGUUUAAGAUUACAAAGUCUAAACUUAGCAAAAAGGAUCUAUUUGGUGGCACUUCCUCCACUUCUCCAGAAAGUAGUCCUGCUGGUGACUUGACUCGCGACAAUCCCACUACCUCUUUAAAGAUCAAGAUCAGCCGGGACCGCCUUCGUCCAGAUAAGGAAUCCAAGAAACGAGACAGGGACCGCAGCCCAAGUGAUGUCCAUCCUGCAAAGAUCCCACGCAAUGGAAGUGAAGCACGGUCCACCCAUGCAGCCCCUCAGGUACCCAUAAAGGACUUGGAUCCCAGUAGGUGGAGCUCUCAGAGGCAGUAGUACUGGCAAACAUUUGUAGGCAACUGACCUGACAUGACCUAGCCUCCCUGACCCAACAUGAGCUGGUGUUAUGUUCCCUUACCUGAUCUUGGCCACAAGGCAUUUAUAUCAAUGGCACGUACAAUUUAGUGCCUGUUAUAUAGAGUUGUGAAGGGCUAGUAGAUAUCUUCAAAGUAAACAUAAUGUUGAUUCAUUAUUAGAUAUAAUUUUGGUACAUGAAAUGUGUCAAUAGUUUUGUGAGCCAGUCGGUGAGAGGGGGAGUGGUGAGGACCAGCUCGGGAGGGUCAGGAGCGUGGGGCUGUGCUGGUGGUGGGUGCAGGUGGUUGGAUAUGGCCUCACAACACACGUGUAGUGUAUUCUGUUGGUGUCUGCUUAGUUUGGGUAUGGCUCUUGGCCAGCCUGCACUGGGAAGUCCUUGUUGCAACUCCAUGUUUACACACAAUCUUUGUUUCUUGUAGCACACUUACGGGUCAAUUGGCAGGCAGUUGUGAGUUUCUUAGACAGCUAAGCAUUCCAUGACUAGUCGAGUCAGUUUUAGCACGUCCCAAAAUUAGGGUGCCCCAGACCCUUAGCCCCGCCCAUCCUUUGCCACUCGCUCCCCACCACCUGCAACACCAGCUUGGGUAAUACCAAAACUCGUCCAUGCUUGGUCAGUGUGGCAGCGUGUCAGGCUCAGUGCACAUUUACUUGCUAGUACACACAAGAACCCUGAGAGCCACGGGCUGCUGCAGAAACCAACCUUCCUCUGUGGCUGUUCGGGAUCUUCCUCAACACUGGAGGACGAGGCGCUGCACAGGUCUUCUGGUCAUCGGCUGUGAUGAGUCACUACCACGGUCCAAUACUGCUACUGCGGCUGUGGUUGUGACAUCUUUAACCUCAACAUUUUCACUUUAUAUAGAUUCAUUUUUCUUUCCCCACAACAUGACUUUUUAGAACCAGAAAGUCAUCUAUACUUAGAAAUGUUUAAUCUUGAGCCGCUCUUUUUUUUUUUUUUGUAUUGUACUUACUACUUAUGCAUCAUAAUCAUAAUCAUACUACGCAGAGCUUGUAUCAUCAGCAUGUAUGUGUUAUGUUGUGAGGGUUUUUUAAUUUUGAAAAUCAUCUUCUCUGUGAGAAGAUUUGUUGGAACUCCGUUGUAUGUGUAAUGGAGUUUCUCCCCCUAGUUUCCGUAUGUCCCAGUGACUUUUGGAAGCUAACUUUGGUUCAUACGCCUCAGGUACUCUCAUGGUAACACCAGCAGUCAUAUUUACCCUGCAUAACAUGAAAUAACCAUUUCUGUUUAUAUAUAUUUAUUAUUUACUAUUAAUGUUAUUCUUGUGUUGUUAGUUUGUGGAGCGAAAAAAAAUAUUGAUGCAUCAGGCGAAGGAAACUGUUCAAGUUUUGCUCAAUGCUUUUUGUGAUGAAACAUGGACAAACCACAUGCAUUAGUUUUUGUAUAGCAGUUGUUGUACAAAAUGAAACAAUGUUUUUGUAAACUGA